UACUGUUGUUGAGUCACACAGAAAACCGUUACUCGGCCGUUAAAGCCGACACUAUCGUUAGAAACAGCGCCUCCAGUUCUACAGACAUUUUCUAUCGGUGUGAAAGUGGUUAUAUCAUCCAGAUAUUCUUCUCGACGGGAUUGAAAUGUUACAUUUUCGGUCAACGGUAGUGCUCAAGGAGUUAUUUCAAUCCCAGUUGAAGCGUCCGUUGCCAGGUAGAGCCGGUGUUAAAGCGACACCUGCAGCCUGCUUCAGCACCGGCCGCCUUGAUGGGAGACUGCCGGGAAGAGUGAGAGCAUUAGCCCCGCAGAGCUUCACCAGAAAGCACCCCGUGAGAAGCUUUUGCUCCAAGGGGGACAGCCACAAUGAAGCCUCCAAGGACUCGUCGGCGGAGAAGAGAAGGAAGGCGGGCAUCCUGCCCAGUCUGGAGGACCUGCUCUUCUACACCAUCGCAGAGGGCCAGGAGAAAAUCCCAGCACACAAAUUCACAACAGCUCUUAAAGCCACAGGGCUACGCACAGGAGACCCCCGGCUGAAAGAGUGCAUGGAGAUGCUGAAACUGACCGUGAAGACGACCUCUGACGGAGCUCUGGACCGACACCUCUUCAAAAAGUGCGUGCAGAGCAACAUCGUGCUGCUCACUCAGGCCUUCAGGAAGAAGUUUGUCAUCCCAGACUUCCAGUCCUUCUGCGCACACAUAGACGAGCUCUACGACAAAGCCAAAAACAUGCCGGGAGGACAGGUGGCCGACUACAUCCCCCAGCUGGCCCGCUUCAGCCCCGACCUGUGGGCCGUCUCCCUGUGCACCGUGGACGGACAGAGGCACACAGUGGGCGACACCAAGGUCCCCUUCUGCCUGCAGUCCUGCGUGAAGCCGCUGAAGUACGCCAUCGCCGUGCACGACCACGGCACCGAGUACGUGCACCGCUUCAUCGCCAAGGAACCCAGCGGCCUGCGCUUCAACAAGCUCUUCCUGAACGAGGAAGAUAAACCACACAACCCCAUGGUGAAUGCUGGAGCUAUUGUGUGCACCUCCCUCAUUAAGCAAGGGGCAAGCAACGCCGAGAAGUUUGAUUAUGUGAUGAACUUCAUGAACAAACUGGCAGGAAACGAGUACGUCGGCUUCAGCAACGCCACAUUCCAGUCGGAGCGAGAGUCUGGAGACAGAAACUUUGCCAUCGGCUACUACCUGAAGGAGAAGAAGUGUUUUCCAGAAGGGACAGACAUGACAUCCAUCCUCGACUUCUACUUCCAGCUGUGUUCCAUCGAGGUGACCUGUGAGAGCGCCAGCGUCAUGGCGGCCACUCUGGCCAACGGCGGCUUCUGUCCAAUCACGGGAGAGCGCGUGCUGAGCCCCGAGUCGGUGCGGGACACUCUGAGUCUGAUGCACUCCUGCGGCAUGUACGACUUCUCCGGACAGUUCGCCUUCCACGUCGGGCUGCCGGCUAAAUCUGGAGUCGCCGGUGGGAUCCUGCUGGUUGUUCCCAACGUGAUGGGCAUCAUGUGCUGGUCUCCUCCGCUCGACAAGCUGGGGAACAGCGUCAGAGGCAUCCAGUUCUGCACGGACUUGGUUUCCCUAUUUAACUUCCACAACUACGAUAACCUGAGGCACUUUGCUAAGAAGCUGGACCCCCGCAGGGAGGGGGGAGACCAGAGGGUGAAGUCAGUGAUCAAUCUGCUGUUUGCUGCGUACACCGGGGACGUCUCCGCUCUGAGAAGGUUUGCGCUGUCCUCCAUGGACAUGGAGCAGAGAGACUACGACUCCAGGACGGCGCUGCAUGUGGCCGCCGCUGAAGGACAUGGGGAGGUGGUUCGCUUCCUGCUCGAGGCCUGCAAAGUCAACCCAGUUCCCAAAGACAGGUGGGGGAACACACCGAUGGAUGAGGCGGUCCACUUCGGACACCACGACGUCGUCACCAUCCUCCGAGACUACCACGCCAAGUACAACCCCCAGGAGACCGCCGGGGACAAACAGAAGAGCGAGACCAACCUGGACGGGCUGCUCUGAUGGCGGAAAUUGUGGAGGGCUGUGAGGAAGAGUCUUAAUCCGCAUCAGAAGGUCAGAGAGCAAGAACCAUAACACUACCACACGUAGAGAACAGUGAACAUUAAAACAGAACCCCUUUAGAAACCACUUAAGGUUCCCCUUAACCACAGGACACCCCUCCAGAAUAAAAGCUCCUCCUCGUGCUAUUUGAUGUCGUCAGUUUUGUAAUAUAUUAUAUAUUGUAUUUACUUUAAGUGAGGAAUAUAUUGUUGUAUUUCUCCUUCUGUAUUCAGCUUUGUAGCUUUUUAAGGACCAGCCGCCGCAUUGAAUGCUGGGUAAAUUCAGCUGCGGCUGGUCAGUCCCCGCACUUUUGUUAUUUACUUUAUAAAUUAUGGUUUUUAUUCAGAAAAGCUUAAAAAAGAGGACAUAAGGGGCAUUUCGCACCCUGGUUUAAACCUUCGUCACUUCAUCAUCAUGGUGGAAUGUAUCAUCUCCAAACAAGUGUGUGUGUGUGUACGUGUGUGUGAUAUUUAAGAUAAAAUGUAGUGUGUGUAUAUUCCUGAAAUGAGUGUAAAUACGUACAGGUGUAUAGCUGUUGUUGCUUUGAUCACAAGGUGUUACAUUUCACUGGAACUCUGGAAAACUGAAACAUCACAGUUGAUCAAUGUUUUCAUGUCAAAUAUUCAGGCAGCUUUUUGUUUUCACCCUCUUAAACUCUAGGUUCCUGUUUCACUGUUCCUCUGUAUCAUUUGAUAUUUAUGUUUUGUAACGUGAGCAAAUAUUGUCAGCCAAAGUUCCGGCUGUCCGUGGGAAGAGUUUGAAACAUUAUAAAUGACACUGCCAGCGCGGACAGCAGCUUGAGUUACUGAGAACGUCCCAGAGGUUUGUUUCACAUGUUAACGCCUGCACUCAACAAUGGACAGCAUGCAGCCUAACACGUUUAUUAUCCAUUUACCUGCAGAACACUAAACCAGUUGGAAAUAUGUUUAACAUGCUGAUCAAACAUUCACAACAUGUGUGUUUUUAUUAAUGCAGCCAUAAAGAACAGUAUGGACUUUAUUAAAUCACUCCAGUAUUUACAUAUUUAUUUACUGCAAUCAGAGACAAGGCUCUGCUGAAUUUGUCCAAAUUGAAUCUAAAAGAGACUCCAUUUUAAAUGUGUGAAUGUAUCUAGCAGGCUCCACAAAGCUCAGCCUCUAAAUGAACCUUAUAUUUAUAUAUUUUAAGGUUAUUAACUUGACUUAUGGGUGGUUUUAAACGGUUGUAUGUUCCUCAAAGUCAAAAAUAAUGUCCUUGUUGAGUGCAGCGGUUGCUUUUCGGUAUUGCUUUGUAAUCCAGAGGUGUGUAAAUGUGUUAUCAUUGCUAUAAAUCUGAAUAUUUGAUUGACAGUGGGGGCGUUAACGCGGACAGUGUGUUGCCUCUGUAAUGUAUCACAUGAAGUAUGAUGGUGUGUGUGUCACAGUUCCUGCAGAGUACUCAGGAAGGUCCAGAUUUGAAACACAAAGAGAAGCAGCUUUAUAACGCAGACGGAUUGUUUUUGUUUGUUCUGUGACGUGCAGAAGAACCUGUGCUAUGGAGAGGUUGUGCAGAUGUCUCCAGAUGUUUUUCUGUGGUUUUGUAGAGUGUCUGGAGUUUGGAAGUUGUGUCCGUACGGAGACACUGAAGCAGGCGAUCAACAUGUCUGCGAUAUUAAACUCCAAAUUUAGUGCAUUUUUAUUCCUCAAGUUGGGAUCAAUUUGUCAGUUUGAUUGGAUUUGUUAUUUAAAAGUAAAAAAUGAGUCGAAGAAGCACAAGACGUGAUUAGCAAUACAUAUUUAAUGAUUGUUCGAUCAAAUGAGCAAUAUGUGUCUGAUGUGAUCCCGACCUGCAGCGACUGGAGGAUUCUGAAUGUAGCGUGAUGUUGUUUCUGUUCCUGUUUCAUGUAUAUUUAUGCUGCUGAGUGUCGCAGACAGUUCAGAUAUUUAUUCACAGAACAAACAUUUAAUAAAGUUAUUAAAAGCAAAUAA